AUGGCUGAAGAAGAAAAAUACGCCUUAGAUUUGAAUUUUAAAAGGAAUUUAUUUGGAAGAUCAGGAUUAAAAGAAAAUACUUACGAGAAGUUUAUCAAGACCUACAUUGAUAAAACUAUUGGUAGCGAAAUAGCGAUUGAACAAAUCAUUGGAAGAGUAUUAAGACAACCUAAUUGCCAGUAUUAUAAAGAGGAAAAACUGAACAAAGCUUAUUUUCAUAUUCGGGUUGAUGAAGAUCAGGUUUUUCAAAAGCGAAGUAAAUACCCAGAAAGUUAUAUGCAAAACAUUGGUCAACGACAAUGGACAGAAUAUGAAUUAGGAAUUCAGAUUACUCAGCCGGAAAUUCGUCAAGAGGCUUUUGGUUUAACUAAUAUGGUGCCAGCACGGGCGGAAAAAGAGUUGUGUAAAGUUGGGGAAGAAUUAAUUACUACUUAUUUAAAAGAGAGUAGUUUAAAGGUUAAUUUAGAUGACCCUUAUCAGGUGAAAGGAUUACGAGUAAGAAAAAAAUCCGGAAAGGAGUUUAAUAAUGCUUUACACUCGCAAUAUAAUGGUAGCGAUUUAAAUAACUUAGAGAGAAGGGUAGCCGAAGUUUUAGAUGAUUUAGGAAUUGAUUGGUGUCGUAAUCCUACCUAUUAUGAAACAGUGGUUUGCUUAGAAGUUACGGGUGAACACUUAGAAAAGGAUAAGCUGAAGCGGAAAUUGGUUCACGUAAGAGAAGCCGAAGAAGAAACUACCGAACAAGCUCCUCAGAAAGUUCGCGUAAUAAUAUUGAUUCAAUAUGGUAAUCCUAAGGAAAAUGAGGAAAUUUAUUAUAAGGUUUGGUACAAAGCAAGGAGAAGUGGCGAAGCAAAGUCUGUAAGAGUAGAAAAUAUUGGUGAGGGAUUAAAGAUAAUAUUAGGAGACUUAUAA